AUGACAGAGCUGCUCGAUACACUUGGUGAUAAGGAGUUGUUUGCUCAAACGCUUCAGAGAAUCGAUCCCGAUGAGGUGCGCAAGUUGUUGAUCCAAUCGCAAGCGUGCCAUGAAGAGCUUGACUGUCUGAAGCGGCAGACGGACGAGUUCUUGAAAGUGUCCCAGCAGGUUGGUGGGCUGUUGAAGUCGAUAUCAGAGGGUGAUUUGACCCAAAAGGCUCCAUACGAGGAGGAGGACAAUGAGGAAGUUAGGCUUGUGAAGACCACCAUAAACGGGUUGGUUGAUAAGAUACAGAGCUUUGUUGAUGAAACAUUGAAGAUUGCUACGGAGGUGGCACAUGGUGAACUUGGUGGCCAGGUGAAGAUCGAUGACGCUCAAGGUUGCUGGAAGCUUUUAUCCGAUAACAUGAACGUUAUGGCACUGAACUUGACAAACCAAGUGAGAGAGAUCGUGGAAGUGGUUAGAGGCGUCGCUGGAGGUGACUUGAGUCAAAAGAUCAACGUCCACGCCCAAGGUGAAAUCCUCGAAUUGCAAAACAUCAUAAAUACAAUGGUGGCGCAAUUGAAGACAUUUGCUUUCGAAGUCACAAGGGUAUCUAGGGAAACAGGAGUUGAAGGACGGUUAGGGGGUCAGGCUGUUGUCAUUGGCGCAGAAGGUAUAUGGAAGGAAUUAACGGAUAACGUCAACGCUAUGGCUACAAAUUUGACCAACCAAGUGAGAAAUAUCGCUAACGUCACCACAGCGGUGGCGAAAGGUGACUUGUCGAAAAAGGUUACAGCAGAUUGUAAAGGUGAGAUACUGGAGUUGAAGAUAACAAUCAACCAGAUGGUGGACUCCUUGCAGACUUUUGCCCUUGAAGUUACAUCGCUGGCUACAGAUGUGGGUAUAAAGGGUAUUUUAGGUGGUCAAGCAGUGGUUAAUGGUGUUGAAGGCGCAUGGAAGGAUCUCACUGAUAACGUCAACGCAAUGGCUACAAACUUAACAAACCAAGUGCGUGCCAUCGCGACGGUUACUACAGCUGUUGCACAUGGUGACUUGUCACAAAAGAUUGACGUUGUUGCACAAGGUGAGAUUUUAGAACUGAAGAAUACCAUCAACAAGAUGGUUGAUUCUUUACAAGUUUUUGUUUCCGAAGUGACACGUGUGGCCAAAGAUGUUGGUGUUGAGGGUAAAUUGGGUGUGCAAGCGCAGUUUUCUGAUGUUGAUGGGUUAUGGAAGGAGAUUAUCACAAAUGUGAACGUAAUGGCUGCUAACCUUACUUCGCAAGUGCGUGCCUUUGCGCAAAUCACUGCUGCUGCAACUGAUGGUGAUUUUACAAAGUUUAUCACAGUUGAGGCCUCUGGUGAAAUGGACACCUUGAAGACAAAAAUCAACCAGAUGGUUUCCAACUUGAGAGAUUCUAUUAAGAGAAACACUGCUGCCAGGGAAGCUGCAGAACUGGCAAAUAGGGCCAAGUCUGAAUUUUUGGGUAUUUUCUCACACGAGCUGAGAACCCCGUUCAAUGGUAUUCUGAACUAUACACAGUUAACUCUGGACACUGAAUUGACACAGUAUCAACGUGAAAUGCUGAGUACUGUUCAUAACUUGGCAAAUUCUUUAUUGACAAUUAUUGAUGAUAUUCUCGAUAUAUCUAAGAUUGAAGCUAAUAGAAUGACCAUUGAACAGAUUGAAUUUACGCUUCGUGGUACCGUUUUUGAUGCCUUGAAGUCACUUGCUGUUAAAUCCAUUGAAAAGCCACUUGAUCUCAUUUAUCAAGUUGAUGCAUCUUUCCCAGAUUACCUCAUUGGUGAUUCGUUCAGAUUAAGACAAGUCAUCUUGAACCUUGUGGGUAAUGCAUUCAAAUUCACUUCGAAAGGCCAUGUCAAAUUAAGCGUUGUUUCUACUGAUCUUCCAGAAGAUGAUACCCUGGUUCUUGAGUUUUGUGUUUCUGAUACAGGUAUAGGUAUCAAGAAGGAUAAGUUGGACUUGAUUUUUGAAAACUUCACCCAGGCUGAUGGUUCCACCACCAGAAAGUUUGGAGGUACAGGUUUAGGUUUGUCCAUCUCCAAGAGAUUGAUUCAUUUAAUGGGUGGUGAAAUCUGGGUUACUUCAACCUAUGGUGAAGGAUCGAAGUUUUACUUUACAAUUGCGGUGAAACCUGUAAAGGGAACAUUUACGAGAAAAUCAGAUACUCUGCUGACGUUUAAUUUACAUCAAAUUUUGUUUAUUGCAACAGAGCACAAUGACAAAGACAUGAAGAAGAUUGAGGAAGAUUUGGGUGCUAUUAACCUCCGCCCAACUGUGGUUAAGAGUAUUGAAGAUGCACAUUUCCAAGAUCCUUGUAAAUAUGAUGUGAUUAUCAUCGAUUCUUUGGAAAUGGGCCGUAUGUUGAGACAACUCCCGGAGAUCAAGUAUAUCCCAUUUGUUUUAUUACAUCCACAAAUUCCAAAUCUAAAUAUGAGAACAUGCUUGGAUCUUGGUAUUCAAAGUUAUGGUAAUACACCGUGUUCUCAAAUGGACUUGGCAGAUUAUCUGAAACCUGCAUUGGAAUCUCUCGUUGUUCCUUCAGAGAGCGAUGUGCCACAGAAUUAUAACAUUCUUUUAGCUGAAGAUUCUCUUGUGAAUCAGAAGUUGGCUGUUCGUAUCCUAGAAAAGCACGGGCAUACAGUCACUGUUGCCCAGAAUGGUCUCGAAGCACUGGAAGCUGUUAAGAAGAACCGUUAUGAUGUUGUAUUGAUGGAUGUUCAGAUGCCGAUAAUGGGAGGUUUUGAGGCCACUGAAAAGAUCAGGCUUUGGGAGAAGGAGACUAAUCCUAUUGAUCCAUUCUCUGCACGUGUUCCAAUUAUCGCACUAACAGCGCAUGCAAUGCUGGGUGACCGUGAGAGAUGUUUACAGGCACAAAUGGAUGAAUACAUUUCAAAGCCUCUAAAACCAAAUUUGCUGAUUCAAACCAUCGCAAAGACCAUCCAUCACGUGUCAAAGUUGAAAGAGUUGGGAAGCAUGAACCCACAUAAUAAGCACUUGGAGAGUGAAGGGAUUGAUCCCUUCCCAGCAUCACACUCUUCACCAAGCUUGGGGUCUACUGUAGGUGCACCAACUUCAACCCCAACGCCAGAGAGCAAAGGUACAAAGAGAUCAUUCUCUACUGAGGAGAUAAAGACGAUUGACAAGCCACCUACCACUAAACGCAGUGCUACGGAAAGUUCUGUCAAGACAUUGCAAAGGAUGAACGGCGAUUCAUAA